GCCUGGGCAGGGUCCGAGGGGCACCCCGGUCUCUCCCUUGUCGGUGUCCUGGCCAUGGUGGGGCCGGCGUGAGGAGCCGGUAAACGGCGGCGGCCGCCUCGGUCCCCGGCCCAUGGUGCUGCCCCCCUGCCCCAUGGCGGAGUUCGUGGUGCCGCGGCACAGCGCGGUGAUGGAGCGGCUCCGCCGGCGCAUAGAGCUGUGCCGGCGGCACCACAGCGCCUGCGAGUCCCGCUACCAGGCCGUGUCCCCAGAGCGCCUGGAGCUGGAGCGCCAACAAACCUUCGCUUUGCACCAGCGCUGCCUGCAGGCCAAGGCCAAGCGGGCCGGGAAACACCGCCAGCCUCCCCCGGCGCCGCCGCCGCCCGCCCCUCCUCCUCCUCCUGCUGUGGUUGCGGGCAACGCCGACAGGACUGGAGCCAACGGCCUCGACACUGACGCCGCGAGUAGCGAGCAGCACGGCCGCAGCAGUACCUUGAUCGCGCAGCUCCAUGAGACAGUGAAAAGAAAACUUGAUAGUGCUGCUUCCCCUCAGAAUGGAGAUCAACAGAAUGGGUAUGGGGAUAUGUUUUCUGUGUCCAAGAAAUUACGUCGUGAGGAUGGUCUUGGUGGGGUAAGUGGCUCCUCCAAUGGCGUAUCUCCUUUAUCCCCACUACAUCAACUUGACAAGAAAUCUUCCGGUGGAGAUGCCUUACAGCUCAAUGGAAAGCAUUCAAUGGGACUGGACAGCAUCAAUAAAAAGUGUCUUCCAGAUUCUAACCUUCAGCUAAAUGGGCGUAGUGAUGCUGAUGACUCAUUUCCUUUGGGUUUGAACAAAGAGCUCAAGCAAGAGCCUGUGGAUGACCUUCCUUGUAUGAUUGCUGGAGCAGGCGGUUCUAUAUCUCAGAACAACUUGAUGCCUGAUCUUAAUCUUAAUGAGCAGGAAUGGAAGGAGCUCAUUGAUGAACUUAAUAGAUCGGUGCCCGAUGAAGACAUGAAGGAUCUAUUUAAUGAAGACUUUGAGGAGAAGAAGGAUGCAGAUUCUUCAAAUUCAGCUGCACAAACUCCAUUGCCACAAGACAUUAACAUAAAGACUGAAUUUUCCCCAGCAGCCUUUGAGCAGGAACAGCAGAUGGGGUCUCCACAAGUCAGAUCCACUUCUUCAGGUCCAACAUUCAUUGGAGCCUCCUCUGUACCUGUUAGUGCUGCUUCUCCAGCAGUUGGGGGAUCUCAGACUAUGUUCCAGUCUUCCAGUCAGCCAGUGACUGAAAAUCCUAACCAGUCUAUGAUGCAGGCAUCAAAGCAGUCUCAAAAUGUGCAGAGGCCUCUACCCAAUGUAUUAUUAUCUGGACAGGGCACAGGAAAUGCCAAAGAAAUGUCCUCUGCUCACCAACUUCAACAGAUGGCUGCUAAGCAGAAGAGAGACCAGAUGUUGCAGAACCAGCAGCAGGCUUCACAAGUACACCAAACCAGUCAGAUGUCCAGCUGGCAGCAGUCUGGACCUUCUCAUAGUCCACUGGGUGUCCCCUACACAAUGGACAAUCCCACCAGCCCUUCAGUUUACCAACAGGACUUCAAUAACCAGAAACUCAUAAUUCCUAGUAUGGCAAAUAAGAGUUCUCCCAGGAAUGGAGGCAAUUACCAUGUGACUAUGUUGAGUCAUCAGCCAAACAGCCUGAACCAGAACCCUGUAAAUAACCAAGGCUCCAUGCUAGAUUAUGGCAACACAAAACCCCUUUCACAUUACAAAGCAGAGUGUGAGCAAGGAGUUACGGUAUCUGGCCAGAACAAGACAACUAUGUUGGCAUAUCUGCAGCAACGCCAGCAACCGCCACUGCCUCAUAUGAGUGAAGAACAAAAUGGGAUGUUCCUGAUGAAGCAGAAGUCUGGAAAUAUUGCCUACAGACCUCUAGUACCACACAGCCAGGAUCAAAACCCUUCUCCCAGUGUUCCUCGUGUUCCUGUUUCUGUCCCAGGCCCUGGUGUCAGUGCUCAGCCUUCCAGUGUUUCCAUGGCAGGUAACCAUAACAACACGGCCUAUCUCAGCAAUCAGCAGCAAGCAGUGGUAAUGAAGCAACACCAGAUGUUACUGGACCAGCAGAAGCAGCAACAAAAGCAUUUGCUGAUGGAGCAACAGAAGCAGCAGUUCCUAAUAGGGCAGAGGCAGCAACAACUCCUAGCUGAACAGGAAAAGCGGCACCAACAAGAGCAGCAGCUGCAGCGGCACCUGACCCGACCACCACCUCAAUACCAAGAUCAGGCACAGAACCCUUACCAGCAGCAGGUUGGACAGUUCACAGGGUCCUCUCCAGCCAUGACUGGGGUAAGUAACUUAGGACAGUCCAACUCCAGCAGUCCACGGAUGUUUUCUCAGACCCAGAACAUGAUUCAGAUUGGACCUGGACACAGCUCUGUUCCUCCUCUCCAAUCAGGCUCCAGUCAGCAGGAUCGAGGUGUGACUCAGUACACUAGUAUGCAAAACAUUCAGCGAGGGGGGCUGUACAGCAUGACAUCUGGUAUGACCCAAAUGAUUUCACAGCAUGCAAGUCAAAGUGCCAACGGACAGCUGCAGAUGCAAAGGCAGCCCAGCUUGGGUCAGGGCACUCCUGUUCCUGCUGGGUAUGGGCAGAGCACCCUGGGAAACCCAAGCAUUUCUCAACAGCACAAUAAGGGGGCACUGAAUCCAACCAUAGCCAAGCCACAGAUGGCAAGAGUGCCAGCAGCUAUUGGUGCCCAAAAUCCAUCUUGGCAACACCAAGGCAUGCCUAAUAUGAAUAACCAGACACAAGGAAAUGGUGGCUUAGGGUCAUUUACUGCCAGCUCCACUUUCCACAUGCAGCAAACUCACCUAAAGAUGGCCAACCAGCAGUUUGCUCCAGGGAUGCCUCAGGUAAGCCUAAGCACCAGCAGAUCAAUGGUCUCCAUGAACUCUGCUGUCUCUGGGCAGCUGUUGUCAUCUUUAGGUGCACAGCAGAGGACAAACCCACCUACCCAACAGCAGGUACCCUCGCAACAAGUUUUGCCUAGCAUGAGCCAGGCCGUUCCAGAUCUGACUGCUUUUGGCCAGAAUCCAAAUCAGCAACUGCCCAAUAGAGCCAGUCUGCACUGUACUCAAGGUUACUCAGUGAGGACAACCAGUCAGGAGCUGCCUUUUGCCUACAGUGGCCAAUCAGGCAAUAAUGGACUGCAGAGCUUGACUGGUGACACAGACCUGAUAGACUCUUUGCUGAAAAACAGGACUUCAGAGGAAUGGAUGAAUGACUUGGAUGAGUUGUUAGGAAAUCAUUAAAAUGGGGCUUGAGGGUUUUCUACAUCUUAUUUUAUUAUUUUUUUUUAAUUUCAUGAAAUAUAAACUACACUUGGACCAAAAACCUGUGGCAUUGAAGAGACUUGCAGGCAUUAGAGGUAAAUGGUUGGGAAAUGGACUGGAGCUGCUUCCCAACAGGCUUCGACACAUAAUGGUGCACCAAGCAGGUCUGCAAUGACCAUGCGUUUAUUUUUGUGGCAUCUGUGGUGCACAUUUGAACAGGUCAGGCAAAUUUGUGUGCAUCCCAGUCAGCCCUUCAGAAAUCUCACUUGCAGUGUUUUGAAACUUAGGUUUUUAAUUAUUUAAAAAUAAAUAAAAACCUACAACAAUGGUGCAGAAAGAGAGCAAAUAAAACUGCAAGUAUUUUGUGUUUAGGGCUUAUUCUCCUGCAGCUAAUACUUGAGUUGAUCAUUGUUCCCAGCUUGGCAUGCUACUAGCUACAGUAUUGCCCUACCAAAUGUUUUACUUAAUUUUUGCCAGAGGAGAGGAUGUGCACCUCAGUACAUUUGCAAAACAUUUUUUAUUUUGAGUCAGUCCUUUUUUCCCCCACCAGUGAAGUGUGUGCCUGUACUCUCAACAAGCAAGUGGUAUUUCACAAUAAUAUUUACAGCAAAUUUUUCUGAAUGCUGGUGAUAGAUGAAAGUGUUUAAAACCUGGCCAGCUGUCCCAGGAUAGUGACUUCCUUAAUGGAUUGUGGAUAGGGUGACCAGAUGUCCCGAUUUUAUAGGGACAGUCCUGAUUUUUGGGUCUUUCUUAUGUAGGCUCCUAUUACCCCCACCCCGUCCCAAUUUUUCACAUUUUGCUGUCUGGUUACCCUAAUUGUGGACUCCCAAGCUCCAGUUUGCACUCUGUUGUGGAGGGACACAGAGUUCCUGGCUUUUACCUUGCUCAGUUUAUAGAGGGACUUUCUUAUGGGAGAACUUUUCAAAUAUAUCCGACAAACAUAAACCAAUUUAAUUUGCACAUGUUUCAUCAUAACUAGUUUCCAAAGGUAGCUGUGUUUAAAUGAGGGCUUUGCCCCAUCACAGCUCGUCUUGUUUUACUGUUUGUUUCUGCAGUGUAUUUCUAAUGUGGACUUGGUGAGAUCUGUCUUCUCCAAAACUAAAUACAGUAAUGCCAUAAGCACAAGAUUUUGUCACUUUAGGAUCAAGUGCAUAAAAGCAGCGCUGGGCUGAGAAGUGUAAAGUCCUUAUUAAAAUGUAAAUAUCUGCAAGUAAUAGCACAGGGAGCCUGGAAAAAUACUAACCUUGUUUCAGGGUUGCUCCAAUGUGAAAAUCUCCCACUUUCACAAACUGGGGGGGAGGUGAGUAUUUAGUUAGAUAAUCUUUCUGUGAACAGGUGGAUUGCCUUCUCUAAUCUCACUUGAAGCAGAAGCCCACGGAGACCGCUCACCCUCACCCGGAUGUGUUAGGGUCAGUCUCACACAGGGUACGAAAAGCAAUGAGAGCAGUCAAUGUUCUAAAGUCCUUACUUGCUACCAAAUAUUACCCUCUCACCAACAAACCACCUUGCCUUAACUUUUAAUUUAAAAUGGAAAUAAAGUUUAUUUGUUUUAGCUGUACAAAUACCUCUUUCCUUCCAAGCCCCAUUUAAAAAAAAUAGUGGGCCAACUUUUUUCCAUUUUGUAAAGCUCCUUAAAAUUUUCCAGCAUUAUGAUUAAAAGGUUUUCCUUCAAUACAGACUAGUAUCUUCAGGAGCCUUUCUGCACUGCAGAAGCAUGGGGGAUUUUAAGCUUUUUUUUUUUUUUUUUUUUUUUGGGGGGGGUGGGGAGUGAAGGAUAAAAGUGAAUUCUAGGAAAAAAUAUUUUACUGUCUCUGGGCAGCUCAUUUAUCAGACAACUUGCACUUUUUAAAAAACAAACUGCUUUUAACACUAAGAAGUUUAAUUUAACCCUGUCCAAAUACACAGGAACCUAGUUUUUUCGUACACAUUUACCUAAUGUGAGUUAAUUAUGCCCUGUUAAACAGAGUUUGGAUGAUAUAGAGGCUGUUGAUAGCUGUAUGUUGACCAGUGGAUUUCACCAUUGAAUAGAUAGAGGUUGAAACUCCACUGAAGCAAAUUAAAUCCCUUGUAGGUUAUUUAAAACAAGGUAAGAUAGGGAGUUGAUCAUUGAAUGAGAAGUAAGUGCUAGUGACAAUGGUAUUAGUGACACAGUUUUUAAGAUUUUUCUAGGUAAAAUAGCUGAGGUUUAAAAUUACUAAUCCUAACUUCUCUGGUAUCAACAGUUUGGGGAGGGGGGGAAGAAACCUUAGUAAGAUUGGUUUUAAUAUUGCAUUAAACAAAAAAUUGGGCCAAGAAAAAUUUGUCUUCUGAACCUAUUAACCUUUUUUGGUGGGGGGGAGGGGACGGGGAAAGGGGCAUUCAUUGUACACGUUUUUUUUUUUUUUUUUAAAUGUGUUAACUUUGCACCAGUGUGCCUUCCUUUCCUGUUGGGGGUGCUUGGGACCUCAUUCUUAACAGUGGCAUCCUGUAAUGUCACUUUUCUUCCUACUUAACAAACACUGAGAAAUAACAGGGUGGUAGGAAUUAAAUCCUAUUUCUUCCCUGUUUAUUAUAUGUGGUGAAAUCCUCCACAUUGUUCAGUGAAUUUAACACAAGGAAGUUAGUUCUAAAACAAAAUAUAAUCCAUUAUUAUUCCAUAAUCUGAGGGACAGAAGCAUGUUUAGCAUACUUGCUACCAAAAAAGAAACCGCGUGUCUACAUAUAGACUCUCACACAAAAGAAACUACAGAGGUAUUAUUCCCUCCAUUGUUGUGGAAGCUGAUGGAUAUUGCCCUACAUGACUUGAGGGUUUGUUCAUGCUGGUGUCCUGAUUUGACUGUAGGGCCUUGUCUACAAUAGCCACGGUACUGUUUAAACACUUUUCAAACAUGGUUGUAGGCAAACUGGUUUAUAACAUCUUUUGGUCAUUAUGUGCAAACAGUGUUAAACCUGGGUUUAGAACUGUUUGAACGUGACUGCUAUUUUAUUUUUAAACACACACGUUGUUUGUACCUGACUACACAACACGAUGAAACUGUUAAAACAUGGUAUUGCUGUAACAGUGUUUAAAGAUAGUUCAGUGGACAUUGAAAAUGGGCUCUAGAUGUACAUAAGUGCAUGGAUGAAGAUGGGCUAUGCGUUGUCCUUAAACUCUUCUACAUGUAGUUGUUUAUAUAUGCACUUGGGUUUUCCAUUUUGAUGCAGCUUCAGAGCAAUAAGAUGUAGUUUGCCUUUACCUAGCCACAGCUGCCCAUGGCUUUAUUUAUAAACUGCGGUUUUGGGUAGUUGGGAAGGGGGUCAGAAUUGUCACUGUGCAACAUCCGCUGCCUUCCAAAAACCACAACUCAAUUGAAAAGGGUGCUCAGACUUUUGUUAUACACAUUUUCUUUGUGUAAAUAAAUGUUUACAGUUUUAUAUUAAAGAUUGAAUAAGUUAGAUCUUCUGACUGUAUAUUUUUUACUUUUUAUAGAUUUUAAAACUAUAAUUCUUUAUAUGUGUGUUUUUGGGGGGUUAUGGUAAGUUUUAUGCUUGUAAAUGGAGAAUAAUUGAAUUUGAUGUUAACCUUUGUGUUUUUGUCAUUGAAAUGUAUGAAGAGCCCAUUAAUCCCCUUAUUCUUUUACUACAAUUACUGGUGCACACCAAAAAAGAAAUCCUUCAUUUCUGUUUAUUGUUAUAAAAAUAAAUAUUUUGCUAGUGUAUUAAACA